UUUCAGGAACCGUUUGUGGCUGAUGAAUAUAUUGAGCGACUGGCAUGGCGAACACCAGGGGGAGGAUCCAGAGGAGGAGCAGAGUCAUUCGAUCCAAAAAAAUUAUUGGACCAAUUUGUGAACCACAUUGAAGAGCUGAAGUUAAUGGAUGAGCGAAUUCAGAGGAAGGUGGAGAAAUUGGAGCAUCAGUGCCAGAAAGAAGCUAAAGAGUUUGCAAAAAAAGUACAGGAAUUACAGAAAAGCAACCAGAUAGCAUUUCAGCACUUUCAAGAACUGGAUGAGCACAUCAGCUAUGUGGCCACGAAGGUGUGUCAUCUUGGUGACCUGUUGGAGGGGGUGAACACUCCGAGGCAGCGAGCUGUGGAGGCCCAAAAACUGAUGACCUAUUUUAAUGAAUUUCUGGAUGGCAAUCUGCAGUCUGAUGUGUUUAACAACCCUGAAAAGAUCAAAGAGGCAGCUGAUAUCAUUCAGAAGUUGCAUUUAAUUGCUCAAGAGCUGCCAUUCGAUCGAUUUGCAGAAGUAAAGUCAAAAAUAGCAAGUAAAUACCAUGAUCUGGAGCAUCAGUUAAUCCAGGAGUUUACAGGUGCUCAGAGGAGAGGAGAGAUCUCUCGUAUGAGGGAGGUGGCUGCAGUGUUGCUUCACUUUAAGGGCUAUUCUCACUGUGUAGAUGUGUACAUUAACCAAUGUCAAGAGGGAGCGUACAUGAGGAAUGAUAUAUUUGAGGAUUCUGCAAUUUUAUGCCAGCGGGUAAACAAAGAAGUUGGAAAUAUCUUCAGCAAUCCUGAAAUUAUCCUAGCCAAACUGAUACAAAAUAUUUUUGAAGUGAAAAUUCAGAAUUUUGUUAAAGAGCAGCUGGAAGAAUGUAGAAAAUCGGAUGCCGAACAGUAUCUUAAGAAUCUCUAUGAUCUGUACACAAGAACUACAAGUCUUUCUAGCAAGCUAAUGGAAUUCAAUUUGGGAACAGACAAACAGACUUUUUUGUCCAAGUUGAUUAAGUCAAUUUUCAUCUCAUAUUUGGAAAACUAUAUUGAUGUAGAAACUGCUUAUUUGCGAAGUCGGAGUUCCAUGAUCUUACAACGUUAUUACGAUUCCAAGAACCAUCAAAAAAGGCCAAUUGGAACUGGAGGCAUUCAAGAUCUGAAAGAGAAAAUUCGGCAGCGUUCAAUUUUUCCUUUGGGAUCAAGUAUAGAAACACACGGCGAGACAUUUUUAGCACAAGAAGUGGUGGUAAACCUAUUGCAAGAAACCAAGCAUGCCUUUGAAAGAUGCCAUAAGCUUUCAGAUCCAUCUGAUCUUCCAAAAAAUGCCUUUAGAAUAUUUUCAAUACUUGUUGACUAUUUAUGCAUUGAGCACAUUGACUACGCCUUGGAAAUAGGUUUGGCAGCAAUCCCUUCUCCUGAAUCAAAGAAUGCCAACCUAUAUUUCUUCGAUGUGGUACAUCAGGCCAACACUAUUUUUCCAUUUGUUUGA